CAGCACUUAAGCUGGUAGCGCGCAAGCCACACGUCAAAAAUAGACAAGCAUAGCAGAGUCAAAUGCUAGGCAUGCCAAUGAUAAAAGGUUAGUCCACUUAAUAACUUGGUGUGUGUCGGACGUUUAUGUCGUUGAGUAUAUUCUACCUCCGCAAUUGAGACGUCCGUUGCAAUAUCACAGCCGCUUCGAUGUGUGUUUCCGUGUUCACAAACAAUUUAGUUUGUCGAAAUUGUAAACAAAUAUUGAUGAAAUAAAUACAAGCAUUUUUGUGUAAUAGAUUUUCUAACAAUCAACCAACUCUAACGUAUACCGAUCAUUUGAUUUGUUGAACAACUAAGCCACCUAACUUAAAGGCGGUUUAAGAAAAUAAAUUGCAAUAAUAAAACGCUAAUUAAAAGGUUGUGUAGUACUGCUUAACUAAAUUUAAUUGCGUAUUUAUGUAUGAGCAUGCAGAUGCAUUUUAAAUGCAUGUGCAUGUGCAAUUUAGCAACAACUAGCGCAACAGUAAGCAAAUUACAUAGUUUACAUGAAAGUAUCUACAUAAAUAUUGUCUAUAUAAAAAUGUGCAUGUAUGUAUGUAUUCUGCGCAAUUUCCAAUAAGCGGAUAUGUGUUGCUACACAUAUACAUACCUAUAAAGGUACGUGCUCGUGUAAACAAAGCAAACCGGAGCGAGUAAACUGCAGUUUCACGUCCUGAAUUCGCACAAGCGCCAUUCAAAAAUACGCAUUGUUAACAAACAGUCAUAAAUUAAGAAACUAGGGACAAAGUAAAUCACGAAACGCCGGAAAUGCAUUUACGCGUGCGUAGCUCUGACUACGUUGCGAAUAUUAUUGCUUCAAAAUUGCGUGGAAAGGUUGUGUAAUUCAAUAACUACUACAGAUAGCAUUUUAUUUACAAACAUUUCAACGUCUGUAAAAUGCCACGAUAUUUUAGUGCUUAAUGAACAGAAAAUAAGAAGAAAUACUAUAUAUACUGAUUUUUGUUGCCUUAAAUGUGAAAUCAACUCGAUACUGCAGAUUCGUAUAUCUUUACAUGCAUGCCAUAAGUAUGUAUGUUUAUGUGCUUAUAUAUUACUACGUGAGCAGGCAUAUGUGUACAUACAUAAAUAUAGAAGAUUUAGUAUGCACAGUAACCGAAUUGGCAUAUGAAUUCGAUAUUUGGAUUGUGUGUUAUUAGCAACAAAUUUAUUAAUACAACAUUAACAACACGCUCAAACUGUUGCGCGAAUGCACAAGUUAUUAACGCUAUAUCACGCUUAAAUUAGAAAGUAGAGGUAGAGUCAAAAGCUUUUUACACAGUGCGCACAUUGGAAAAAACAAACACAGCUAAGAUAAACACUACCAUACAAGUGAAGAAUUUGAGUCUUCCUACGUAUUUUCCGAUUUCUCAGAAAAUAUGUAUUGAAUGUGAAAAGUAAACAACAUAAUAAGGCAUAAAUUGGCCUUGAUUCGACUAAGUUGGUACUUACUGCACCUUUUCUGGAGUUGUCGUUCUGUUAAUUGCCCAUUAUAUGUAAGUGCCGUGAAGCUGGUAAAUAUUUACUACGAAAAUGUACAUUUUGGUUGAAAAAUAUUUUAAAAGCAAUUCGUACAGAAACACACACAUGCUUUUGUGAAUUUUUUGUGACGACAAAGUUAAAGCUUCUUAAUUUAAACCAAUGGUGCAUUAAUGUAUGUCAUUAAAAGAUUGUUGUAUAAAUUAUUUUUACGAAGAAAUAAAAAAAUAUGGCAAUGACAACAAUGAUUCAAACGUAUCUCCGCAAAAAACAGCGGUGACCCUCAUAACUUGGUGCUGGAUCAACCGAAAAGAAAAAAUCAAGGGGCGAAGUAACAAAUUUUAUAACGUGCAAAAUUAAAUAUAUAAUUUUACUUAAAUAACUACAAAACCGUCACGAAAAUAACGGUAAAUGGGACAUGUGAAAAGACGCCUACAACAGGAAAUUUAACGAUGUUAACCAAAACAAAACUCAAACAAUAAAUCAGUAAGAAAAUCUGAGUCUGGAAGUACAUGGAAUUUAGUUAUGGCAUACCUCAUCACAAAACGAUUAGUGCAGUAACAUCAAUUUAAAACGAAAAGCAAAAUAAAAGCUUACAUGAAUAUUUGAAAGAAUAUCACUUAAGUGCGACCAAAAAAAUAAAACGGGAAACUAUGAACACCACCUCUUGCAGCAAGUUGAUAGCAACAACAAAAGCGGGCAGUCCACUGCACUUUCAUUAGUGCGGCUGAUGUUAAAACGGCGCGAAAAAGAUCUUAAGAUGGAAGCAAUUGCAGCUCAGUCGACUGCUGGCUAUGAUUUGGUGCAACAGUCAUCUUUUCUCUAUGCAUCAAUUUUAAACACCUCUAAGAAUGCUUAUGAUUUAUUCGCUUCCAAAAUGUUGCAGUGGUCCAAUGCUGUAAUUAACUCCAAAAACAGCCGUCGCAGACGGACAUCUAUCCAACAAAUGGUAUGUGGUGAUGAUAAUGACAAUAGAUGUGUUUGCGAUUACAAAACUCCAUGUAACCGACAAAAUAUUUUAAAAAGUAAAUGUAUGCAAAAUCGAAAGUUAAAGCAAAUUAGCUCGUCUGAGCAAACACCGGCUAUCAGCUUACAACACAGGCCAAAUAUCGAUGGCGUUGCGGCAACAUUUGAGACAGCGCUAGAAGUCGAGUUAGUAGCAACACCAGCAAUCACAGUAAAUGACAGCGUUGUUGAAAUCCCGACUGUUACCUUGCGGUCAGACGCUAGUGCUUGCAUAUGUGCUGACGAGGUCAGAAGAACAACUGCAAAAAAUGAGUUUGCCUCCACACUUUUUUCGAAGGAAGCACUUUUUCACGCCACUAUCAUUGCAAAUAGUAGGGAUACUAUAAUACCGUCAACUAUAAAGAUUGGAAAGCCAAUUACUAUAACAACAACACUCAAAACCGGCUUACUAAGUUUGAUUCGAAAUGUGUUUUUAAUGGUCGCUAUAUUAUUAACGGUAUUGACUCUGCAACGAGUAAGCGGACAGUACUUAUUAUCCAUAGCUGCAACCACAGCGGCUGCGACUGCGACAACGACCAGCACAGAAGCAACGUCUACAAUCUCCACAAAAUCCAUAAACAGGAUGGCCAUAGCAUCAACGAGAGAUAUAGGAACAACAACAAUUAAUCCCAUGAUUUCUACGACUGUUAAAAAUAUGAUCAAUAUAACUGAAACAAAUAAUUUUAAUGAUAGGCAAGCCAGUAAUAAAAGUAAACCUCCAAAAACAGAACUAAAAACACAGCAGAGUGGACAAAAACCAUCAAAAUCAUAUUACAAUGAGCUAACGCUGCUGCCACCAAUUUACUUGUCAUUAAAAGACUUUGACACGCAAGCGGACGGGCCUUCCCAAAAUCUUUGGGAAAAUUAUGUAGGCAUUGUGUCAAAUGCCGACGUAAUAACCAAACACAAAUUUACCUCGGAAAGUAAUGCAUCCGAAGGCAUGUAUAUACAUCAAAUGAAUAACGACAGUAGGCGCAAAAUGCAGCGCAACAAAUCAGUAACAUACACUCCGGCGCAUACAGGGAGUAGAUCUCUCGUUCAGAAAAGUAAUCAUCGCAGCGUUUUCAGCCAUGUUUCUGCCUCAACGGCAAAACUACAAAACGCUAAUAAGCGCAACAAAAUUAGUCAACUUAUUUAUAACAAAAGUAAGUUUUUUAAUGAGGAACAAUCCCAAGAGCGACAACAGAAGAUAACAGCAUUGCAACAGCGGCGUCGCAGCAAGCGCAGUACAGUCGAAUCUAUUGUUACACAACCUAAAAGUAAUAAUACGGAAUUGGUCAUCAAUAGCAAUAGAAGUAGUAAAAAUAAUCCUACUUUCAAAAGCGAAAUAUCUGGCAAUUUGGCAGGUGUUUUUGGUACCUAUAUGGCUUCAAAUAUCACCACGAAUAAGUAUAGCAUUAAAAAUCCUUAUACUAUUGAGGAUUCGAAUGAAAAAGAGCAUAGUGCAAAUGACCAAAAGCUGCUUAAAUUGGUAAUGGAUGGAUUAGGUCUAGAACAAUUGCCUAAUAUGAAGAAAGUUAACAUAAGUCAGCGUGAGUAUGUUACAAAGUAUCGGGAAUAUUUGCGGCGGGUGCACGAUCGCAAGCGCCGGGAGCUAGCUGAAUCAACAUAUGCUAUUGGAAAUACAGCUGAGUGGGAGUUAGAAAGCGUCCCGUUACGUAUUGUCAGCAUUGCUCCAAAUGUCACGAAAUACGAGACUUAUUUGCGGCGAAAACGUAACAUACAACACUUUUUAGAUAACUUCCACCAAACAAAAGAUGGGGUUACCGAUGUUGAAACAGUUACUAAUCAUUUCGUAUUACCACGCAAGCAGCGGAACAAUGACCGCAUGUUUCGGCAAAAACAAACUACUAUGAUUUUACAUUUUGCCCUAGAGACAAAUGCUGCUCAAUUGCAACCCGGCGAUGUCGAAGAGGCCAACAUUCGGCUUAUGUUAAUAUACAGCUCGGCUUUAGCAGUCAAGCCCAAUAAGAAAAAGCAGAAAUUUAAAAAUCGAUCCUGUGGCAACAGCGUAGAAAAAAGUGGUAAACGCCUUGCUAACUCCACGGUGGCCAAUGAUAAACAGAAACAUGUUUUAAAUUUGAAGGUAUAUCAACGUUUGGGAAAUGGUAAACGCGUGUGUCUCGAUAGCUCUAAGUUGAACGUCGAGAUAGAUCAGAGCCGCAGAGAUGAUACUCAUAGCCAAUGGCUGCAGUUUGAUGUGACAAAAGCUGUAGAGACAUGGUUACGCGAGCAGCAUUCUAAUCUUGGCUUGGAAGUGCAGUGUGAUAAUUGCCAACGUGUUGGUGCCCGUAUACUAAACGACAUAUCGUCGCCCACUAAUGUAGACGAUAUGGACGCCGCUGGUACACAAUUAAUGCCAAUUUUGAAUAUAAUUGGUCGUCUUGGCGUGUCAUACAAAGAAAUCAGAACCAACAAACAUUCAAAUUCCGCUGAGGAGGCACAUCACCAUCACAAUGUGGCCACAUUUUCUAAUGGCCGACAACGCCCCAAUGGUGCUAUUGCCAAUCAUUCUUGCCAUAAAGGCAGUCAACGAUGCUGUAGGCACACAAUGGAAGUAAUAUUUAAGGAAAUCAAAGGUUUUGAAUUUAUUAUUCAGCCAAAGGUAUUCGAUGCUGGGUAUUGUCAUGGCCGUUGUCCACCGCGAUAUAAUCCCGCUCACCAUCACGCCAUGUUGCAGAGCCUUAUAUGGAAGCAAAAUCGCGAGCGCGCACCUCGUCCCUGUUGUGCGCCUUCUAAACUAGUCGAACUCGAAGUAUUACAUGUGGACGAGAAAGACAGCGAAAAACUGAGGAUUUCCACGUGGACAGACAUGCGAGUGGUCGAAUGUGCUUGCUCAUGAACGUCACAGCCACUACAGCGACACCGUUUCGGCUAUUCCUCCAGCAACAACUGUCUAUUGGCCGGUAAGACCACAAUUGUGUGAUAGCGAAAUGAGUUCUAUAGUAUUUAAUAUUGCGUAUUUAUUUAUACAACACAUAUACACAUACAUAUAUUAAGACAGAUGUCUACCCAACAUCAACGGUCUAAAUAUUUAUUCAUAUCGAAUCAAAUAUACAUAAGCAUAUAUAUUUAAUUUUUUAUACAAAAGAUGUUUUUACAUUAUCUAAGUUUUUGUCUUAAAGUAACAUAUUUCGUUGCCUUAGUUUGCAAACGCUUACCACUUCCACUUUAAUCAAAAUUGAGAAUUGCGCUGAUAAUAUCUCAACUCUAAACACAUCAUUAUCAUAAACGUUGGUGGAAUGCCGAACUUACUUGUUGUUAUGGAAAGGAAUCCAAAUGCAAAACAAAAAAAUCACAAAUUUAUUUCCCGCCUAUAAGAAAUGGUUUAAGCUCGUUUGCACACUAAGCGAACGAUAUGUACCAUACAUGUACAUACACAUGUGUGUGUCUGUACCUUUAUAGUAAAUAAACGCAAAAAGUCAUGACCGUUGUUAAGCCAAAUAAACAGCCUGAAAUGCCAAUGUGUUCGGAUUUAUGCUUGGAAAAAAUAAAAUAUGUAUGUAUGUAGUUUUACACACAUUUGGUCCUCUAAACGACACAUACACUUUUUCUCAGGGUGAUACUAAUAAAUGUUAGAUACACAUAUUUGUAUCCCAUAUUUUGUAUAAUUUUUUAUACAACGGCAAAUGCUAAUAACAAUAAAAUAAAAUAAAGUUAUAAUAUUUUCC